AUGCUGACCCUAAAUGCCGUGGUCGCCAUCGCCGCGUCCGCUGCGGCCUUUUUUGUCGUUCUUGGAGUCGUGGUGGUUGUGGUUUGGGUUCGAGUCCGGAAAGAACGACAUGCGAUGAGAAUGCUUGGUCUCAAAGAGGGAGACAAUCCUCGCAGCGUCAAAACUUAUAAUGCGGACACCUUGACUGAGCUCUCUCAUCAAGAGGGAAGUGUGUUGAGGGCUCAUGGACAGCUGCCAUACGGAAAACCGUCCGAAUGGGGUAAAUUGGAAUCACGGGAGACUCUUUUACGCCCAAACCGCGAACCUGAAUCCUCCUGGCCUCUCAUGGAGAGGGCAAGAUCGCUUCGUAAUUCGAUUCGCAGGGCCAGAUCGAAACGCUUCACCAAGGGUGGGCUUCGGCGCAUGGGAUCAAUGGCUACCGUUAGCGAGAUGAUGCCCAGCCCAACGAGGAGGUCGAAAGACGAUAUCCCUCUAUCUGCUGUUGAGGGAAUCUUGGAGCUACCAGCAGAGCGAACCCCGCGACAAACGCCAGAAAUUCCCAGAGAAGAACAGGGUUUCCAUCUAGGAAUGCGGCCCAUGUCUCCUGCGUCUGCUUGGCCUCCUCCAGCCCAGCAACAGCGCGUAUUCCCUGUAUUGGACAACAUUAUCUCGCAAGAUCUGUUUGACCCACCUCCAAUGAUCUUCGAGGAGUCGCCCACUCGAAUUCGCCGCGGGAGUAUCGUCAGUCAAACUGCAGGACAUGUCCCAGACCAGUCUAUUCCUCCUCCGCCACCUCCAGCCGCGUUUCCCCAGGAGCGGUUCAGCUACUUGCGAAACGACUCGUUUAUGCGUCUGUCUUCAAUGAGUCUUGACACAACCAACAGCUCAAUUCUGGAUGAUGGUAGAAAUGGGCCACGGUCUGCUGACACCGACCUCACCUCGCCCACCUUUCCAUCAGGUGGCACAUUUGUCCCUUUUAGCGCCAAUGAUGUUGGUGUUAAAAAUGGCCGCCGGAGUUUCAUCGCUGCCAACACCUCAAUGCCACCCAAUUUCCUCACGCGCUCCUCGUCGAGCGCUGAUGGUCAAAGGAAGACGUCGGGAGAAGCUAUGUCGCCCCGUCGCAGCAUGACUACAGCGUCUCGAAACCCAAGCAAUGCAAGCAAUCGUUCUAACGCUCUGCCUCGCCGCAGUGAAUCUCUGUCAUCAACCGCUCCGCAGAGGAACUCGUCACUUCGUGUUGGAGCCCCAGGGUCAAUGGCAGCAUAUCAGAAUGGCAACAGGACCUCUUGGCGAUCACCUACCCCAAAUUUGGCGCAUGCACCACACCUCGGCCAAUUCCAGCAGCCACCCCCGGGCUACGAGAGUGAGCAAUUCGACAAUGAUCCAUUCUAUGGAGGCUCCCCAGCUUCCAAUGGCACGCUAUUCUCUGUCGGUUCUCCCAGUCAGCCACCUACUUACAUGCCGCAAAGUCCGAUGCAACGCUCAUCGCUUUCCAUCAAGGGACCACUCCCAUCAGCGCUCAAAGGUUCCAAUUCGCAGCGGAAGAGCAAGGGACACAGACGCCAGAACUGCGUUCGUAUCUCAAUUCAUCCGCCCAUGACUUUCGGAGGCCCGGCCUUCGUUCCUACUGUGGAGGAGGAACCUGAAGAUCUGGAUGCCAUGGAAGAACUAGAUCUGCGUGAAAGUGCCAUCAAUGGCACAUCAAAAUCGCAGCCCUCCAUAUCUACGAAUUCGCCAUCUCCCCUGCCCCUUUCGAAACGUGGAAGUGGUAGUCGUCGUACAAAACCAGUGAUUUCAGCACCAAGCUCACUCGGUCCUUUGGCUGAAGAGCCGCAACCUACAUUGCAUACUCGAACUCCGUCUAAAAAACGAAAGAAGGCUCCCACCGACAACCCAGAUGAUACGCCCGUCCUCGCCCCCAAAAGUCACGCUUUACCUGGUAUCUUCACCUCUCUCCCUCCCGCCCGUGAGGUAAAUCUUUCUCAUACACCUUCACCUGAUCGAGAACCGACAGCCUGGGCAGUUUGCGAAGUUCCAUCCCCAACAACCCUCGAGAACUCAUCCGGGAUCAGCACUGGAAGCCCUCGACGCCCACCUCUCAAAGGACCGCGCACGCAACCAGGCAAGCCAAGCCGCAGGAACUCGACACAAGCUCCACACCCGAAGACUACUGAGCCAUUGAUGGGACCUACCUCAUCUGCAGGUCUCCCACUAAUCACCGGCACCCAGGGCAGCGACUGGCGAAAGGCAACAGAGUCACCGCGUCGCACAGAAACAGACACAAUCAACGGGUCAUUCCGGAGGAACCGCGACUCACAAGGCUCCCUAGACAGCGGCCUCGAUUCAUCAAUGCGUCCUAUCUCACCCGUCUACGGCUCCAAAUGCUCCACCGUACGCGACAAGGUGACUAUCUGGGAAGAUGCCAAUCGCAGCGCAUCACCGCCCAAGCUCGCCGCGACGCAAUUCGGAGCAGGAUAUACCUUCCAACUCGAUACCAAUCUCUCGCCUACGCAUGCCAAAAGUAGUGUCCCGCGGUCACUUUCUAAGAGUGGAUAUCAAUCGCCUGUCCGCAUUUCUGGGCGUGCGCCACCAACCCCGACAUCUGCGCGGCGUGGUAUGACGACUCCUAAUGGAAAGGGACUUGGGAUUGGGGUUACCUGUGCGACGCCGGUCAGUCUUUAUGAUGGCGAUGGGUUCUUGAAGGAGUAG